AUGGAAGUAAAUGGUACCGAUCCACUAUCUAAUGUGCAUAUUAACACAUCAUUUUCUGGUAAUGCCUAUGGUGUAUUGUUAACUACUGACGGAUGUAGAGUCUGGGAUGAUGAUGUAGAGACAUGGGACCCAAAAGCUUGCACUGUUUCGCCAUAUUCCACACCAGACGAAACUAUAUGUGUGUGUGACGAUCCACCCGGUACAGCCUUUGCCAGCGCUUUCUACGUACCACCGAACACCAUCGACUUUGAUGUCAUCUGGACAAAGUUUGACAUUUCAAACGCUGCCGUUUAUGGAACAUUGAUAGCAGUACUUAUUGUGUAUGGUUUUAUUCUUAUAUGGGCCAGAAGAAUGGAUGAAAAAGAUUUGGAUAGAUGGCGAGUUGGUUAUUUACGAGAUAAUCUGGUAGAUGACAAGUAUUUCUAUCUAAUAACUGUUUAUACUGGAUUAAGAAAAAAUGCUGGAACACAGUCUGGUAUUCAUUUUGUACUGGCAGGAGAAUAUGGUGAUACCGGUGCCCGAUCUCUUUAUGACGGAAAAAGAAACUUUGAUACAGGCAGUGUAAUGAACUUAAUAUGUUCUACAUCGGUGGAUUUAGGAGACUUGUCGUACUUCAGGGUAUGGCAUGAUAACACGGGAAGAGGGGCAUCCGCGUCUUGGUUCUUAGGAAAAAUGAUUGUUCAGGAUUUACAAAACCAAAAAAGAUAUAUAUUUGAAAACAACCGAUGGUUGGGUGUUGAUAAAGAUGAUGGCAUGGUUGAUAGAUUGGUACCUGUCACCAGUCAAGACGAUUUAAUGACAUUUGAUAAACUUUUCUCGUCACACGCCAGGCUUAACCUUACAGAUAGUCAUUUGUGGUUGUCUGUUUUUAUGAGACCAGAUAAAAGUACAUUCUCGAGGGUCCAAAGAGUUUCGUGUUGUCUUGCUUUGCUGUUUCUUACCAUGAUAGUCAAUGCCAUGUUCUUUGAAUCGGAGAAUGAAACCACAGAUGAGGAGACUGUCAGGCAAGAAUUUCAAAUUGGAAUCCUACGAUUCUCUAUGUCGACUAUUUUUACCUCAUUUAUCAGUGUCAUCAUCACAGUUCCACCCACGGUCCUGUUAGUGUUCCUGUUUAAAUCAUCUAAACCUAGUAAAAACUAUUUCAAAGUAAAGCCCAAGUCGGGUUGCUGCUUAUGCUGCAAGAAGCCUGGUAAAUCCGACAAUCUGGUCGUUGUUGAGGGUGAUGAAGUACUGGACAAUAUGGAUGAUGAGAAACUGUUACCUCACUAUUGUAUUAUCAUCGCUUGGAUAUUGGUGGCAGUAAUUGUUAUGGUGUGUGCUUUCUUUUUGCUGCUCUACAGCAUGCAGUGGGGUAAACCUAUUUCAGAAGAAUGGUUGACUUCAUUCUUUUUGGCGUUUGUUGAAAAUAUGUUUGUCUUGGACCCAAUGAAGGUUUUAAUGAUAUCCGUGUUAUUAGCAUUGUGUGCUAGAAGCCCAUAUAACCAUAGCGGUAAAGUGGAUGUGUCAAAAGUGAAAACAGACGUGAAGAAGUUUGGGUUAGGGGAAGUCGAUUUGUCCCAGCUUCCACCCGAUCCGAUACCCGAGACUCUAUUAGAAAAAGCCAAAGAAAGAAGAAAACAGGAAUUGAAAGCACAGGCGGUGUUCUUGGAUUUAAUUCUGUAUGCUGUGUUUUUGUUUGGUUUAUAUUGUGUUUGUUACGGGAACCGAGAUACGCAGUCCUUUGCAUUCAAUUCACAUAUUAAAACAGUCAUCUUUACCGAUAGUUUUGAACAGAUCAAAUCACACGAUGAUUUCUUUGAAUGGGUUGAUAAAACGAUGAUUCCUGCUAUGUUUCCGACUGGUGAUUUUAGAGGCAAUGCUUUGGAUUGGCGCCGAAAACUUUUCUUCGACGAUCAUGUUAACUUCCGAGUUGGGCCAGCGCGACUGCGCCAAGUGAGAAUUAAACAAAGACCCAUUCCAUUCUAUGGUUCAAAAUAUGGGAAAUUAAUGGAAAAUUAUAAGUACUACUGGCCCUAUUCAAGCUCUAAGGAGGAGACAACACCAUUCUGUCCAGGUUGGACGCCGCAGCCAUGUGCGCUUGACGUGCGCUUAUCUUCUAGCACGCUUGAUGCCUGGCUUUAUACUACUUCUGAAGAAAGCUGGGGCUCAUCAACUUCUGGUAACCUAGAGGUAUACGAUGGUGGCGGAUACUUCUUAGAACUGAGUAUAAAUAAAGAUAUUUCAAAGGCAAUGAUAGAAGAAAUAAAGACGAAUGGCUGGCUAGAUCGUCAGACAAGGGCUGUCUUUGUGGAGUUCUCAUUAUACAAUGCCAACAACAACUUGCUGACUGUUGUUCGAUUGAUUGCUGAAUUUCCAGAAUUUGGAAGUGUAAUCACUUGGAAGCACAUCAGCACAUUGCGCGUGUUUCAGAAUGUAGGCCCUAUUGGGGCAUUUAUUAUUCUAUGUGAGGUUAUAGUUGUCAUAAUUUUGUUUGUUUUUGGGUUUAAGUGCUUAAAGCGAUUGUUUAAACAACGUCUGGGUUAUUUUGGGUCUUUCUGGAACAUAGUAGAUUUGAUUACCUUGAUCACGACCCUGGUUACUAUUGUUUUCUUCAUCUUAAGAGAGGUUUACACUAGCAAAACCCUGGAGAUAUUUAGGGUUGAUCCCAAAAAGUUUGUGAAUUUUGAACACAUCGUUUUAUGGGAUGCUUUGUUUGUCUAUGGUUUGAGCUUCCUUGUGUUUACGGCUACGAUUGGUAUGCUGCGCAUUCUAGGCUACAACAGAAGGUUCACUAUGAUCGGUGAAGUCUUGAGGGUAUCGGCUAAAGAUUUGAUAGGUUUCACGAGCGUUUUUGCUAUUUUCUAUUCUGCCUUUAUAGCCUCUGGUUAUGUUUUGUUCGCAACGUCCCUAUAUCAGUUCCGUUCUGCUUUUGAUACUGCUAUAACUAUAUUCAUCUAUCUGUUGGGCAAAAAUCAGUUAGGAAAACGUCUGGUUCAGUCUGAUGAAUAUUCUGUUAUAUAUUUCUUUGCUUUGGUUUUCUUUGUCAUCUUUAUUCUGUUAACAAUGUUCCAAGUUAUUAUGAAUAACAGUAUGACAGUGGUACGAUCUAGUGUCACCAGUAUCCCGGCACCGUAUGGCAUUGUAAAUGUUCUAACUGGUAUAUAUAAAAGUCUUAUCAGUGAUUGGAUACCAUCUGGAUUUCUACAAAAGAAAGAUGAACGUGCAGUUGAAGAAAUGGAAGCUAGGAGACAACGAAGUCAAGUACACAACAUUCUAGAAUCAUUUAAAGAUCAGUUUGAAAAGAGUAUGGAUGUAAAAGGGGCAUCAGCUAAUUAUAAGCAAGGGUUCUUUAACCUAGGUGCCAGGUUAGAAGAAGAAGAAGAAGAGAUGUAUACGUUUCCUAGACAAAACCCAGGCACAUCAUUUCCUUAACGUUAAUAUGUGUUAAUUAUUGCUAAAAGUUGUCUAAAUUAUAAUUAUAUGUCGUGAAAUAUCCUUUUUGAAAAACUGGUAUUAGUCCUAAAAAUGGUAAUUAUUGUUCAAGGAAGAACUUUUUCUCUCAUAUUUAAAAUUUGAAACAUCAUUGUAUUGAUAUAUUUAUGAUAUACAUGUAGUUGUUACUUUUUUUGUUUUCAGAUUUUAUAAUUUCGCAAAAAUUAUAUAGAUUAUUAGUGCUGUUUAUUAAUAAAAUGUUGCUUUUUGUUAUGCUUAUUACCCUCGUAAGGUAUAAUUGUUUCAAGUUUCUAAAUGUUAUUUAACUAUGUUUUUAAACUUAUGAACCCGUGACAUAAUUGAUAAAUUUAGUUAACUACCUUGCUACAAUCAAUAUUCAGUAUAACUAUGAUAUUAAGCGCAGAUAUGUUCAAUUUACAGAUAACUAUGUUCAAUUUAAAGAUAACCAUAUUCAAUUUAAAGAUAACUAUGUUCAAUAAGAUAUCUGCGUAUAUAUAAUUUACUUAUAUUCAAUAUCUUAUUUAAUAUACAUGUAGUUCAAUUUAACGAUAGCUAUGUUCAACACGAUAUAGAAUAUAAGCAAAUACAUACGCAAAUAUGUUCAAUUUAACGAUAGCUAUGAAAAAUAAAAUACUGAAUAAAAAUUAUACAUACGCAGAUGUCUUCAAUUUAACGAUAACUGUGUUAAAUAAGAUAUUAAAUAUAAGUAAAUUAUACAUACACAGAUUUUCUCAUGCGUUAAUAAAAAGAAAAGAAAAAUAUUAUUAUUUAUCAUUGGAUACUGACAUGACAAUACACGACUUAAAUAACAGAAAUAAAAACGAACUAUUUACUUCGUGUGUAUAUUUUUUGUUUUGAUGUGACGAGAGAGAGAAAUGGGGUUUAACGUCCACUCGACACAAACUAGGUCAUUUCGGGACUAACAUAUGGUUUAAUUUUAUUUCAAUAAUUCGCUUGCGCGUAGGGGUCUUUAGCAGUGGGAGGAAACCGGAGGACCCGGAGAAAACCCACGAGGUUGGACAGGCGACCCUACUCCUUGUCACGUACAACCGGGGAUUCGAAACCACGCCAGUCGACUCAAUGACAGACUUCAUGAUACAGCGCGCGCACGCUAACCAUUCAGCCAUCCAACCCCCCUUGAUGUGACGAUGUUUUCAACAGAUUUAUUACUAUUGUUUUGUUUUUU